GAGGGUACAAGAAAAAGAAGAUCGAAGCAUGGAUGUUUUGUCGAAACCACUUGAUCCAAUAAUUAAUUUUGUUUGGGGUAAGGGUGUUAAGCACGUGACCUACAUUUUCUCUUACACGAAAAAUUUUGAGGAACUAAAUAAGAGAGUUAAGCGCCUUGGAGAAGAAAAACAGAGGUUAGAUGGUAAACGUGAUAAAGCUAAAAGAAAGGGUGACAUUGUUGAAGACAGGGUUGAAGAAUGGUUUGGGGAAGUGGGUGAAUUUGAGAGUAGGGUUGAGAAGUACAGGAAUAAUGCAGGUCACAAGAAGACAAGGGGUUUAUAUUAUUUAUUUCCUUACCAUAGGCACAAACUGGGUAGACAAGCAAAGAAGAUGGAAAUGGAGGCUUUGAGACUGAAAGAUGAGUGCCCCAAGGAUGACCAAGUUUCCCAUGCAGAUAAAGUAACAUCUUUUGAUCGCCCUAAUCCUGGCUACAUUGAAUUUGAUAGUAGAAAAUUCAUUGUGGAAGACUUUAUGACAAAACUUAAAGAUCCCAAUAUCAAAAUUAUUGGACUCCAUGGAGCACAAGGGAUGGGUAAGAGCACUUUAAUAAAAGAAAUUGUUAAAAAAGCUGAAGAUGAGGGGUUGUUGGUUGCUGAAAUAGAUGUAACUGAAAAUCCCAAUCCACUCAAAAUUCAGGAAGAUAUUGCACACGUGUUAGGUUUGCCAUUAGCAGGGGAAAGUGAAAAUGUAAGAGCUGAUUACCUAAGGAGGUGGUUAAAAGUAGAAAAUGUGAGCAUCCUUAUAAUCUUGGAUAACCUUCAUGAAAGAUUAGACUUGAAUAGGUUAGGGAUUCCGGUUGAUGAUGAUUAUGGCUUAAGAAAGAAGAAUGAGUUAAGCAUAAUGUCAAGUAAACAGGGUCCUGACCGCACACAGGAUACAGCGGGCAACACACGAGGUACUGAUGAAAAGGUGCCAAGAAAGAAGAAUGAGUCAAGCACUAAGCCAAGUGAUGACAAACAAGGUUCUUCUGGCCUUAAACAGGAUCCUGACCACACACAAUAUACAGCGGGUGACACACGAGGUAUUGAUGAAAAGGUGCUAAAAAAAGGAAAUUUUGUUGGUGAUUAUCAGGGAUGCAAAGUUUUGCUUUCUUCACGUGAUAAGAAAGUAUUUCCUCGUGAUGUUGGGCCAACUUUCAAUUUAAAGGAAAUAGAUGAAAAUGAAGCCUUGCAGUUGUUUGAGAAGGUGACCGGAGGAGGUGAUAAAAUGUCUAUGCCAAAAGAAGAAAUCCAGAACUAUUGUACAGGGUUGCCCAUUACAAUAGUUACAUUUGCAGAGGCAUUUAAAAACUGGAUUAAGUCAGAAAGCAAACCUACACUGGACAAAUUUAAAAAGCAAGGUCUGGUUGAAUGGCAAAAGUCUUCAGAGACUCCUAAUAAGAAAAAAUAUGACCUCCCAAAAAAUAAGGAACUCAAGUUCAUUUACUUGCUUUGUGCUCAAAUGGGUCACCUACCGCUGGUUAAUGACUUGGUGAAAUAUUGCUUUGGAUUAGGUAUACUUGAAGGGGUUUCUUCCCUUAGUACAGCUCGAGGAAAGAUAAAUGAAUCGCUCCAAGAGCUGAAAAACUUGAGUUUGGUGUCGUACGAAAAUCCUAAUAUUCAUUUCCAUAUGUCUCAUAUGGUUCGAGAUGAUGCUUUAAGUAAUGCACUCAUGGAUCACAAUGUUUUUGUUUUGAGAGAUGGAAAACUAGAUUAUUGGCCCGAUCUUGAAAAAUGCAUUUCUAUUUCUAUAUGCAAUAGUUACAUUACAGAUGGGUUUCCUCAAGUCAUAAAUUGUCCUCAACUUCAAUUUUUGCAAAUAGAAACUAAUGAUCCGUCUUUGGAAAUACCUCAGAGAUUUUUUAGCAGCAUGAAAAACUUGUUAGUUUUAAUAUUGACUGGUUUUCAUCUAUCAAGCUUACCAUAUUCAAUUAAAGACCUAUUGAACCUCAGAAUGCUUUGUUUGGAGCGGUGUACUUUGGAUUGCAAUUUAUCGAUACUGAGAAAGUUUAAAAAAUUAAGAAUUCUCAGUUUCUCUGGAUCUCAACUUAAAAAUUUGCCAGUUGAGCUACGAUACUUGGAUAAGUUGCGAAUGCUGGACAUCAGCGAUUGUUUCAAACUGAAGAUUAUUCCACUUGAUCUUUUUUCUAAUUUGACGUGUUUGGAAGAGUUGUAUAUAAGAAAAAGCUUGAUCAAAAUGUUGGUGGAAAAAGGGGAAAACAAAGGUCAUAAUUCGUUUCUUUCCGAGCUAAAGAAUUUGCAUCAGUUGAAAGUGGUGGACUUAAGCAUCCCGUGUGUUUCAAUUUUGCCCAAUCACUUAUUCUUUGAUAGGUUAAAAGGUUACAAGAUUGAAAUCGGAGACGUUGAAAUGUUUUCUGUUGGAGAAUUUAGGAUGCCUAAUAAAUAUGAAGAACUCAAAGUAUUGGCAUUGCAGGUAAAGGACGACACUGAUAUUCAGUCUCAUCAAGGCAUAAAAUUGUUGUUUAAAACAUCACAAAGUUUGUUCUUGGGAAAUGUAUGUGUUCAAAAUGUUGUUAAUGAGUUGAACAUAGACGGAUUUCAGAAUUUGAAACACUUAUCCAUCAUAAAUAACAAUGAUGUCGAAUAUUUCAAUUCAACAGGUUUGUCUUAUUGUGAGAACAUUUUUUCCAAUUUGGAAUCUCUAUGGCUCUGCAACAUGAUGAACUUAAAGAUGAUAUGUCGCGGUCCAAUUACACUUGAAUCAUUUGCCAAAUUAAAAACCAUCAAGGUUGAGAUGUGUUGCCAAUUGGAAAAUCUCUUCUCCUUCUACGCAAUUAAAAUUUCUACUAGCACAGGAACAAGUGAGAUUUUUAAAUGUAAUUCUAACAUGAAGAAAUUUCUAGCUAGUUUAGAAAUGAUUGAGGUUUGUGAAUGUGUAUCUUUAAAGGAGAUCCUUCAAAUACCACCGGAUUGUGUUAAGGAUUGUGAAUGUGAAUCUUUAAAGGAGAUCCUUCAAAUACCACAGGAUUAUGGUAAGGUUGAGUUUCUCAAAUUACGAACUUUGACACUCCAAUCAUUACCAUCAUUUACUUGUUUUUAUACCAAAGUGGAGAGAUCUUGCUGGCCACAUUCGAUAGAGGCUCAAACUACAAAUAGGGGUCACACAGAAAUUUCUACUGAACAAGCUGGCCACAAUGACAAUGCGCCUCCUCUUUUUGGUGAACCAGUUGAAGUUCCAAACUUAGAAAACUUGAAUUUAUCCUCACUCAACAUUCGUAAGAUAUGGAGCGACCAACACUUAUCAAGUUUCUACUUUCAAAACUUGAUAAAGUUAGUUGUGAAAGAUUGUGAUAAAUUGACACAUCUAUGUUCAUUACCUAUGGCUAGCAGUUUGAAGAAGUUGAAAAGCCUCGUCAUAAGUGGGUGUCUGAAAAUGAAAACGAUUUUUGAGAUUGAAGGAGUUAGUGCAAACAAGGUUUGUGUCUUCCCUAAGCUGGAGGAAAUCCACCUUAGCAAAAUGAAGAGAUUAACGGAUAUGUGGCAAACUGAAGUGGGUAUUGAUUCCUUUUCUAGUCUCAUUUCUGUAAGGAUUGAAGAAUGCGAUGAAUUGGACAAGAUUUUUCCGAGUCACAUGGAAGGAUGGUUUGAAAGCUUGAUUAACUUGAAAGUUUCUAACUGUAAGUCCGUGAAAGUGAUUUUUGAAGUUAGUGAUUCUGAAGAAAUAGAUGUAUCUAGUGGGAUAGACACAAAUCUUCAGGUUAUUCUUCUUGAUGAACUCCCGAAGUUGAAGGAAUUGUGGAGCAAAGAUCCAUAUGGAAUUCUCAACUUUAAAAAACUUCGGACUAUAGAUGUAAGUAAGUGUGAUGAACUAAGGAAUUUGUUUCCGGCUUCUAUGGUAAACGAUGUAUCAAAGCUUGAACGCAUGUCGGUAUUGCAUUGUGAGAGGAUGGUGGAAAUUGUUUCAAGUAAAGAUGUAUUAGAAGUUGACAAUGAUCCAUUAGAGUUUCCUGAACUAACAUUUGUGAGAUUGUACGAACUUCCAAACAUGAAGCAAUUCUACAAAGGGAGACAUCCAAUAAAGUGUCCAAAGUUGAAGGAAUUGAGUAUGGGCAAGUGUAUGAAGCUUAAAAGAUUUGAAACAAGUGAUGAAAAGUUCGUUUUCUCAGCUGAAGUGGUGUUCCCCAAGUUGGAGUACAUGGAAAUUGACUUCCUGGAAGCUCAAAAUUGGUUAUCCAAUUACAAAAUGCUGAAAUUAAAAGAGCUUAUUAUCUUGAAUUCAGUCCACCGCCCAGAUCUUUUGUACCCGUUUUUGUACAAAAUGCCAAAUCUAGAAAAGUUAAAAUUGACUUCUUCUUAUUCUGGAUCGUUGCAAAGUACAAACAUUGGGCAGCAUGACAGAUUGAGAGUUGUAUUACAGUUGAAGCAAUUGUUUAUUUGUUCCUCAAAGUUAAAGGAUAUAGGAUUUGAACGAGACCAAGUUCUAGAGAGGCUGGAGCUUUUGAAAUUAAAAGAUUGCGACAAUUUGUGCAAUUUAGGUCCUUCCUCUGUAUCGUUGAGUUACUUGACAUGUUUGAAACUGAAGAGAUGUAAUGGAUUAAAGAAUUUAAUGGCAUCCUCCACGGCCAAAAGCAUGGUUCAACUUAAGACCAUGAAGGUAAUAGACUGUGGUCAAGUAGAGCAAAUAGUAAGCAACGACGGAAGUGAAGAAGGCAAAGGGAUCAAAAUUGUAUUCAGCAAAUUGAUUUCUAUAGAACUUGUGGGGCUAAUGAACAUGACAAGUUUUUGCGGUUACAAGAACUGUGAAUUCGAGUUCCCAUUACUGGAAAUAUUGAUAGUAAGAACUUGUCCAAAAAUGGAGAAAUUCAGUGAAAGAGGAUUAAUAGCACCAAAGUUGAAAGAUGUAUAUGGUGUGGAGGGAGAUAAAAAAGCUCAAUGGCAGUGGGAAGGUGACUUGAAUGACACCAUACAAGAAAUUUUCCACGAUAAGCUUUAA